ACGACAACUCGUCCAAAUUUCUUCCAACUGAAAACGAAACAACAAAUAUUUGUAAUAUUCACGUGUUGAUUUUAAGUAUACGUACUCAUGAUAUUGCAAGUAUGUCUAAUGAUGUAGACAGAACACUAUGGGUAGGGAAUCUCUCAGAAAAAGUCACAGACGAGAUUCUUUAUGAACUCUUCUUACAGGCUGGGCCAUUGGAAAAGGUUUCAAUAGCAAAAGAAAGAGACACAGGGAAACAGAAAAACUUUGCUUUUGUUACAUUCAGCCAUGAUGUAUCAGUACCUUAUACAAUCAAGUUGAUGGAUGGAUUACAGCUUUUUGGUAGAAAUCUCCGACUACAGACUCGGCCAGGCUCAAUACAUCAACAGCAACAGCAGCAACAACAACAACAACACCAGCAGCCGACUAUGAAUCAGGGAAGCUUCAGGAACUUUAACAACCCAUACCAGAACACUCAAAUUAUUAUUUCUCCUCAGCCUUACCAAAAUAAUCAAUUUAUGCAAAUGAACACUAUGCCUCCCAACCCAUUUGCAAUGAAUCAGCCAAUGAGGAUUCAGCAUUCAGUAGGGCAACACCCUCCAAGUUUUCAUAGAUCUCACACGUGGCAUGGAAAUGAUCUCAGUAGUGGGCAACAAGUCGACCAACAAGAUCGUGAUGAACGGAGAGGACAAGAUAGAGAUCGUUAUUCUAACAGAGAUCGUGAGCGCUCAAAUAGUCGUACUAGACGAGAUGGCAACCCAGAAAAUAAUGAAAGAGAUGAAUAUAGACACAGUCCAAGUAGUUAUAAUAGGAAUGGAAAUGCCGAGAACAGAAAUAAAAAUACGGAAAGCUUUGAAUCACGGAGACAAAAGGUGCUUCAGAAGCAUGAUCGUGUAAUACAGAGUUAUAGACGUGAAAAAGACUCGAGGCCGAGCCCUCCAUACCAUAAUCAUAAGAGAGGGCGCUACUAGUUGAAAAAUAUGUGUUGAAUCAAUAACACGAACUAUAGCUGAAGUGUGAGAUAAUUUUACUUUAGUAUAAUAAAUGCUGUGAAAAAGCAAUAAAAAACAGGAUGGAUCAAAUUUUAACUGUUAGCUAACUACUAGUUUUAUUUCUUUUUUAUUUUCCUUAUUCAGGAAAUGAUGAAGACUUUGGAAAGCUAUUUUUGAGAAAUGUAAAAUAAUGAAAAAGAGAAUAUUAAAAUUAUAUAUUCUAGUAAGCUAAUUCUGGUGGUAGUAUCUACCGGGAAUAAUGGGGGUGGCGUGGGGCAAUUAUAAGAAUGUCACAAGAGCCUUUUUUGUGUCUGUGUCUUUGUUUUGAGAUGUUUAUCAGGGAAAAAUGACAAAUGCAGCUAUCAUUGGAUAACAUAAAUCAUCAUGGUCUUUUAUUCUUAAAAUAAAUUGAAAAUAAAAAAUAAAAAAAAGAACAAAAAAAGCUGUUUCCUAUAUGUUGUAGUUGUAUGGUCAUAUUCAUGGUAGUCUAAUGUAUGUGUAAAAUAUAGAAAGGUAGUAUUGUACUGCAGAAUGAGGCUAUAAGAAUCUUAUACUCAUAAUACUGGCUGUAGGUAUAGGCCGAAAUAUCUGGCUCAAAUGUAACUGGCUGCCGGUGAAGCCAAAAUAUCUGGCUUAAAUGUAAUUGGCUCCUGGUAUUUGUAAAGUGCAUCAUGACUGUGCUUCAAACAGCACAUGAUUGUUUUUCUGCUAUUUGAAAUUUUAAGUGUGUUAGUUGUUUUAUUGUAAAGGUAUUUUAUCAGUCAGGUGCUCAUAUUUUGUCAUUUCUUUUGUCCAAGAAUUGAAGAUAUCUUAAUGAAGAAUCAUAUACAAUAUGUUUUAGAGCGAAAUCUGUAUUUUUAGCUCGACUAUUCGAUAAGAAUAAGUAGAGCUAUUGUAGUCACCCGAGCGUCGGCGUCGGCGUUGGUGUCCGCGUCGGCGUAACCACUUAUGUCAAAGUUUUUGUAAUAGUUCAAAUAUUUUCAAAGUCCAUUGACAUAUGGCUUUGAAACUUGGCACACUUGUUCACCAUCAUGACCCCAACCUGUAGACAGGAGGAGGUAACUGUAUCAAGCAUUUUGACAGAAUUAUGCCCCUUUUUCGACUUAGAAUUUAGGUUAAAGUUUUUGUAAUAGUUCAAAUAUUUUCAAAGUCCAUUGACAUAUGGCUUUGAAACUUGGCACACUUGUUCACCAUCAUGACCCCAACCUGUAGACAGGAGGAGGUAACUGUAUCAAGCAUUUUGACAGAAUUAUGCCCCUUUUUCGACUUAGAAUUUACGUUAAAGUUUUUGUAAUAGUUCAAAUAUUUUCAAAGUCCAUUGACAUAUGGCUUUGAAACUUUGCACACUUGUUCACCAUCAUGACCCCAACCUGUAGACAGGAGGAGGUAACUGUAUCAAGCAUUUUGACAGAAUUAUGUCCCUUUUUCGACUUAGAAUUUAUGUUAAAGUUUUUGUAAUAGUUCAAAUAUUUUCAAAGUCCAUUGACAUAUGGCUUUGAAACUUGGCACACUUGUUCACCAUCAUGACCCCAACCUGUAGACAGGAGGAGGUAACUGUAUCAAGCAUUUUGACAGAAUUAUGCCCCUUUUUCGACUUAGAAUUUACGUUAAAGUUUUUGUAAUAGUUCAAAUAUUUUCAAAGUCCAUUGACAUAUGGCUUUGAAACUUUGCACACUUGUUCACCAUCAUGACCCCAACCUGUAGACAGGAGGAGGUAACUGUAUCAAGCAUUUUGACAGAAUUAUGCCCCCUUUUUCGACUUAGAAUUUACGUUAAAGUUUUUGUAAUAGUUCAAAUAUUUUCAAAGUCCAUUGACAUAUGGCUUUGAAACUUUGAACACUUGUUCACCAUCAUGACCCAAACCUGUAAACAGGAGGAGGUAACUGUAUCAAGCAUUUGACAGAAUUAUGCCCCUUUUUCGACUUAGAAUUUACGUUAAAGUUUUUGUAAUAGUUCAAAUAUUUUCAAAGUCCAUUGACAUAUGGCUUUGAAACUUUGCACACUUGUUCACCAUCAUUACCCCAACCUGUAAACAGGAGGAGGUAAUUGUAUCAAGCAUUUUUUUUUACUAUCAAGCACUAAGAAUAGUCGAGCGUUGCUGUCCUACCGACAGCUCUUGUUUUUCAAGUCAUCAUAUACCUACCUUCAAUUAAAGAUACGAAACAAAGACACCAGUUAGCCAUCAUAUUUACUCUUGUGAACGCUUGAAUAGAUGAUGUGUAUUAUUAUUCCAUUCAAUGUGUUCUUUAUAUUAGUCAUGUGUUCUUGACAUUGUGUGUGCCUAUUUGAGUUUCACAUAACUGAUUGGGAUAAUAUUUGUUUGCCAAGAAAAAGAAAACAUCAUACAUGUAUUGAAUAUAUUUGAAUAGUGCUUGAUUAAUCAGGUACUCUGUUUUUAAGUUAAUCACAAAGGAAAAUUUCUUGUUUUAUUUGAAGUAAAUUGAUUACUUUAAAAUUAAUGUUGUACAUAUUUUUACCAUAUGAUUUUAAAAACAUUCAAAACAAAUGAUAGUAAAUAUUAUGUCACAUUGCCAUUAAAAUGUUCAUUUAAUGAAUCAGUUUUACAUGUUGUAUUAUAAGUAACUUGAAAAACUAGACAACUUAGAUGUAGACUUAUUAUCAACAAUUUCAUAAACAUUCUCACCCAAGUCCUAGACUAGGGUAAUGGGGGUAUGUUGUAAAUUCAUUGACUCAUAUUUCAAAAUAAAGCUAAGUGAACUCGUGUAUAUGCAUUUUGUUAUAACAUGAAUAAUAAUAGAUUAAUUUUGAGACCUUGGUGCAAAGGGUUGUAACACAUAUUAAAUAAAGAAGGAGUUACGACCCUUCCACACCAUGCUGUUUGGAUGUAUGUUGUCUGUCAUCAUCUCUUUAACCCUACUUCUCUUACAUUGACUCAUAUAGGAAAUAAACUUUAAAAAACUUCUUCUCAGAAACUACAAUGUUAUGAGCAUAGGUUUUUUGCAUCCUCAAUAACCUAGGGCAAUAACUGUUACUGAUUAAAUAUAGUAAAUACAGAAUGUGUACCAUGGGCUCUAAAGCUGAGAUUAAUGACUUGUUGCAUUACCUUUUGACCAUCUACAAAAUUGGCCUUGCCCAGGUGAGGGUGGGGUGGAGGGGGAGGGUCACAUAAUUUAUAUAGACAUAUAGACUUAAAUAAUUAUUUGAAUUUCCUCAUUUAAAACUUCAGCAUGGCCUAGAGCUAAUAUAUAAGGUAUGUAGUAUUGCCUGAUUGAUUUAUACGAAAAGUUAUAUGAAUCAUGGGAUUAGGGGGAGGCUUGUCCCCAUUAUGUUACCCAAUGCUUUACUUCUGUAUAAGAGUUAUUACCUUUACUAGCAAUGGAUCUCGGGUUAGCGAUCUUGGGCCAUCAUGGCCUUUUUGUUUUUAAAGGGUAUCAAUUUUUAGCUCACAGUGCUAAGAGUUGUGCUUUUGGGAUGGCAGUGUGUCUGUCAUCAGUCAUUAUUCACAAUUUCUUUAAAAAUCUUCUCUUUGACUACAUAGUGGAUUUGACCAAACUUCACUGGAAUGAGCCUUAGGGGUGCCCCUGUACAAAAGCUGUAUAAUGUUCCAGUGUAAUGCAUAAGAAGGUCACAAGAGCUAAAAAUAGAUUUUAAUAAUGAUAUUUUUAAAAGCAUUCUUCAUAGAAACAACAAAACCCAGAACUUAGAUAUUUUGCAUAUAGCAUCAGUUUGUAGUCUUCAACCAAAGUUAUGUAAGUCCUGCCCCUAGGAUCAAAUUGGCUCCGCUUAUGGGGUCACUGACAAUUAACAUAGAUUUGCAAAGAAAUAUACAUUUAAGACUUCUUUUGUGAAACUCAAAUGCCCAGAGCUUAAAUAUUUGGCAAGGUAAUAUACAUUUAGUCAUGCACCUGGGGUCCAAUAUGACUCCGCCCUGGGAGCCACUUAGUUUACAUAGACUUUUAAAAAGUAAAAUGUCUAAUUAAGUUUUCUUUUUCUGAAAGUACUAUAAAUAGUGCUUCUAAAAUGUGAAUAUGGUUUUUUAGUGUUGUACAUAAAUCAUGCCCCAGGGGUCACUUACAUGUACUUUAUAUCCAGGGUCAUUACUCAGCUCUCUUGUUCUAUUUGCACAAUAAGUUACAAAAAAAGAGAGAAAUGCUUUUGAAAAUGAUGAGGUAAUAAAAGGGAAAAAAGAUUUGCUUCUGUGCUUUGUGUAGAUUUUAUUUCCAUAAAUUCUGUAUUAAGUUUUAUUUGUGUAUCAUAUACACCAUCUAAUUUCAUUAAAAAGAACACUACAUAUUUUUUCCUUUUUUUAUAGUUUUAUUUGUCAUAUUUAUCACUUAAGGUGAUGCAAAAAUGUUUCAUAAAUAUUUUUAAUGUUUUGUAAAUAUAGGAGACAUAUUAAAAGGUAUAUAUGUAUGUUGUGUUUCAUUAUUUUAGAUAAUAAAUACAAAAUCUGAUGUU